GCCACCAUAUCAGCCCCCCCCCCCCCCAAAAAAAAAUCUUAAGCUCUUUGAGUUCCAAGUUUGAACACAAUGUCGGAGUUGUUGGAAAAAGCCAAGAACUUUGUGUCCGAUAAGGUGGUCAACAUGAAGAAGCCUGAGGCCAGCAUCACCGACGUCGAUUUCACCGGCCUCAGCCUUGUCGAAGGUGCCCAGUAUCUCGCUAAAGUCUCGGUUACCAACCCCUAUAGCGUUCCUAUCCCCAUCUGUGAGAUCUCUUACACUCUCAAAAGCGAUGGCAGAGUGAUUGCAUCGGGGACAAUACCGGAUCCGGGAUCAUUGAAGUCCAAUGACUCGACGAUGUUGGACGUGCCGGUGAAGGUGCCGCAUAGCAUAUUGGUGAGCUUGCUAAGGGACAUCGGAAGAGACUGGGAUAUCGACUAUGAAUUGGAGUUGGGACUCACCAUGGAUCUUCCUCUGUUUGGAAAUUUCACCAUCCUUCUCUCUCAGAAAGGAGAGAUCAAGCUUCCCGCCCUCUUCUAGAAGUCUUCUUCUGUUGAGUUUUAAUAAUGCUUCUCUCACAUUUUCUAACGUUUGUUCACUCUUUUUUAAAUACAUCCAGUCAUUGCAACCUUACAUUUAAUUAUGCUUUUUUUUAUUUAUUGUAAGAGGCCUUUUGGAUCCAUGUACUAUGAAGUGAAUAAAGCGAGCAAUUUAAUUUUUGCAUGAA